GAUCAGUUCACUACUUUCAAAAUCUGCAAAAACACAUCGCAAAUCAUAAAAAAACCCACAGUUUGGGGGGAUAUAUGGAUCAGAAAUUGCACAUAUUCUUCUUCCCCUUCUUCGCCCAUGGCCAUAUGCUGCCCACCUUAGACAUGGCCAAAGUUUUCAGUUGUCGUGGGGUGAAAUCCACCAUGAUCACAACUCACCAACACGUCCCCAUGUUUGAGAAAUCUAUCCAGAAGAAAGGCAAACAAUUGUUUACUGAUGUAUCCAUCCGGGCAAUACAUUUCCCGGCCGUGGAAGCCGGCUUGCCGGAGGGAACGGAAAGCGUUGACCAACUAAAAUCAGAAAAUCUGAUCCCUGCUUUCAUAAGGGCCACCGCCAUGCUCCAAGAUCAGCUUGAACAGCUAUUACUAGAAUGCCGCCCGCAUUGCCUGAUCGCUGACAAGUUCUUCCCCUGGGCCACUGAAGCCGCUGCCAAAUUCCGCAUCCCAAGAUUGGUUUUUGAUGGAAUGAGUUCCUUCUCAAAUACCGUGGCUGAAAUCCUGAGAGUUCAUAGGCCUUUUGAUAAUGUUUCCUCUGAUUCCGAACCUUUUCUGGUUCCAGAUCUUCCUCACGAAAUUAAGUUGACUAGAUCGAAAAUACCCUCUUAUGAAAGGGACAAAGAAGCGGCCGGAACAGAGCUUGGAAGGUUCCAUCAACGAGUUAGAGAUUCGGAUUCGAAAAGUUAUGGAAGAGUUGUCAACAGUUUCUACGAGCUGGAGCCAGAUCAAGCUCUGUAUGAAUUUUUGAAGAAUAAUUAA